AAUCCGAAUCAUACCGUCAGUCGACAAAGUGCAGUCGACCAGAUCAGACCGACGCCAAACUGAUCGUGAUCAGCUGUUUGUCGCAGAACCACAACUGCACACAGGGACUGCUCGGAGCUAAAACGGCGCGCAGAUUUUGGCUAUUUAUCGCAGUUUUAGGAUCGGUCAGCUGUACCCACAGACAGACUAGUAGUGGUAACGCGUUAGAGAACACUCGUAGGCAAUAGUAAUAGUAAUAACUGAAUUAGUUUUCGGCUUGUUGUGUUGUCGUUGCCGUUUGGCGUUGGCAGUUUGCGAGUUCUGAAAGAUCAGUUCUGUGCCAGGAGCUUCGCGCGUUUCAAUCCUUUGCUGUAUCAGUUGAGAAUAGAUCGUGGAUGCAUUCGGUUCAGCGUUCUGGACAGGUGAAGGGUAUUUUUUCUGAAGAAUUGACGUGAUGUUGAGAAGAAGGUAUUGAAGGUUCAUAUCUGGUAUUGGUCGAAGUCUUCAAUACGAUCUUUUGUGCGAUCGGAUCAUACACUAGGUUUAGCGCAACUUCCAGAACCAAACAAUAGAAACUGUUUUGAAAACAGUGCUCUGUUUCUAAAUCGUGACACUCAAGGCGAAUGUCAGAGCUGCUAUUGUGCGACCUGCUACGGUGUGUUUAGAAUCAGCUGUGCGAACCUAAUAGGGCGACGGAGGCGACCCUCGUGUAAGUCGACCGUGUAAUAUUCGUGCCUUGUGCCUACCUACCUGUCGUGGUCUACCGCAGUGCACGAUCAGUGCAUUGAAACGUGCGGAGUACCGGCUGCCUGCGCUACUGUGAAGCGGCAGUCUCCUGUUGAUACGGGCGUAUCCGUUGUCGCAUCGGGGGUGAAUUUCGAUCAACGACUGAAGCAGCCAAGUCCCAAGUCUGGCUAACCACGAUGACGGUGGAUAAGGGGCAUAGUAAUACGGCGUUCGUGGGAGAUGACGAGGUGAACAGUAAAAAAUCUGUCCACGGAAAGAAUAUUAGCAGCAACAGUUAUGUGCUGGAAAUCCAGGAAAAGAAACCAGGUCUCGAGACAGACUACAAUCCGUACGAACACCGACAUGUUGAGCAUCCUACGACGAACAACGAAACGCUAAUCCACCUGCUGAAGGGUUCGCUGGGAACGGGAAUCCUUGCGAUGCCAAAUGCUUUCCACCAUGCCGGUUGGCUGGUCGGUGGUGUAGGUACACUGCUAAUCGGUAUCCUAUGCACGUAUUGCAUCCAUCUGUUGAUCAAAGCCGAGUACGAACUGUGCCGGCGGAAACGAGUUCCUAGCCUUAACUAUCCUGCCGUGACGCAAACUGCUCUACUGGAAGGACCGGAUGCGUUAAAACCACUGGCCAAUAUUAUUGUGCAUAUUAUUAACGUGUUUCUGCUGAUCUACCAACUGGGCACGUGCUGUGUGUAUGUGGUGUUCGUGGCGUCCAAUAUCAAAGCCAUCGCUGAUUAUUACACCGAGAGUGACACUGAUGUACGACUAUACAUGUUGAUCAUCCUGCUGCCCUUGAUCUUGAUCAACUGGGUUCGAAAUCUAAAAUUUUUGGCACCGUUUUCAACGCUGGCGAACGGCAUCACGAUGGUCUCCUUCGCCAUCAUUCUGUACUACAUCUUCCGCGAGCCGGUCUCCUUCGAGGGGCGCGAAGCCGUCGGCAAUGUGGCAGAGUUCCCGCUCUUUUUCGGCACGGUUCUGUUUGCUCUGGAAGCGAUCGGUGUGAUUCUACCACUGGAAAAUGAAAUGAAAACACCGAAAAAGUUUGGUGGUAAUUUCGGAGUGCUCAAUAAAGCUAUGGUGCUAAUUGUCUUCCUCUACAUUGGAAUGGGAUUCUUUGGAUAUUUAAACUACGGACCGGACUCGAAAGGAUCGAUUACCCUCAACCUACCAGAGCAGGAAAUUUUGGCCCAGUGUGUGAAAGGAAUGUUGGCAUUUGCCAUUUAUAUCACGCACGGAUUGGCUUGCUACGUGGCCAUUGACAUCACGUGGAAUGAUUAUCUGAAAAAGCAAUAUGGAGAUUCGCCUCGCCGCAUCUUUUUCGAAUACGUUGUUCGCACCGUUUUGGUUUUGAUCACAUUCCUGUUGGCAGUUGCUAUUCCUAAUCUCGAGUUAUUUAUCUCCCUGUUCGGAGCUCUCUGUCUGUCGGCGUUGGGAAUAGCCUUUCCCGCCCUGAUCCAGACCUGUACCUACUGGCACGAAAGACAUGGAUUACAGAAAGUGUGGAUGAUUACUAAAAAUACUAUUAUUGGUGUUAUAGCCAUCUUCGGGUUAGUCGUAGGAACAAGCACCAGUCUGAAGGAAAUCAUUCACACUUUCGGCGAUCAUGACUAAAGAUCUCAGUUGAAGGUAGUGUCCCAAGGGGAUAAAGUGAGGUAUCCGUUAUUUUAAGUGAAAAGUGAUUUCAGACGCACGUUUGACGUAAGCGAGUAUUAUUUAUCGUUAAAAGUUGUAGAGAUGCAAAAAUAGUUCUGUACAUUCGUUGGAUAAACAACUAUUAGGACAUAGACGGCAACGAAUCGAAAACAUUCUUUGUAUCUCGACGGCAAACCUUGAUCGCAUUCCUGAGUGGUUUAAUUGUAGAAAGAUAAGUUAACUGAAAAUAUUUGUAAUUUAUGGCGGUAUUAUGAGAUCCCACAGCGAAUACUUUAUUAAUGUCAAAAAAAAUUAAAAGAAUAAUUUGAAAUUGCAUCGAUAGAGUGAUAUUCUGACAGUGUGCCAAUUUUUUCUAAGCCAUAACUAAAGGUAGAAUGUUUCAAAAAAUUUCUCAAGCAUUUUAACACAUUUUUGAUGCAAAAGAUGAUUCAAUAAAAUUAUUAUAUGAUGAUGUUA